UGAAGAUCCGAAAAGGAUGGGAAAGCAGCAGUGGGGGACGUGCAGUGGAAACCUUUUUCUACAGACUUAGCUACGACGUUGAACGUACGUGUAAAAAUACCUUGACUACUGAGCUGGAUGGCGGAGACUUUUCGUGUUUGCGAUACCAAUUUAUUUUUAUUUGUUGUACUACCCAGUAUAUGUUUGCUUUUGAGUUUUUUGCAGUUUUCUUUUCACACCGGUUAGAAAGUGAAACGGAGACGGAUUCUUAAAAAUUAUUAACAAGUGGCUGACUAAUAUGGCUGACUAACUACCACAGGCUCUCUUCAUGGAUAACAAAGGAAGACGACAAAGGAAACACAAAAUAAAACCUAAUUAAUAAUCAACCAAGAAAUAAACCAUCCAGAGCAACGAUCCACCAUCGUUCCAUCGCUUUUGACUUCCAGUGCAUGUGGCUCUGAAGUAGUCCUUAAAGAGGAGGCUGGGAACACAGGCCUACCACUAUGCACUGUAAACAGAGAGUAUGGGGCUGUGGAGGUGUGGGGAGAGCUAUGCCCCGUCCAGGCAGGACUAUCCCUCUGGUGCUGGGACUCUUAGUGGCCCUGGUCCAGGGCAGCGGGGUUGGAGGACCGGUUGCGGAAGGCCUUGGGGAUGUGGUGUCGGGUGACCUGGAAGCAUCCAUGCACUCCUCGAUCCUCUCAGAACUCCAGGAUGCUGUCUCUGUCUCCACAGAGGGACCUCUCACAGGCCUCCCAGAAUCCCUAGCUGGUGUCACAGAAGUGGCCCCUGCAAGCAUCCCAGAUUCUUCAGCGGUGGUGGGCCAAGGGUUCCAAUUGAGGAUUCCACCUAGGAUGACAAAUGGCAGUUGUAAAGUUAAGUUAACUGAGGUGGGAAAGGACAACUUACCCUCCUGGCUGCACUGGGACCCUGAGUGUUGCAUCCUGCAAGGCCUGGCUCUGGAGCAGGACAAAGGGAUCCACCAUAUCUCCCUCUCUCUCCCCGGCACUGAGAUAAACAGUGGCCAUGGUCCGGAGGUCUUCUCUAUUGAAGUGCUCCCAGAAGAGCGAGCUGACACUGAGCCAGCCCUGUUGGCGCUCCAGGCUGAGACCAACAACUUCCAGCCCUUCACUUGCAGCAGUGACGAUCCUGUCACAGUCCUCACAAUCAUCCUGGAUGCUGACCUCACCAAGAUGGAUGCCCAGCAGAGGGUAGGUCUGCUGGCCAGCAUGAAAAUGUUUUCCAGUGUCCCCCUGGAACACAUGAGGGUGGUUCCCGUCGUCAACAACCGUCUUUUCGACAUGUCUGCUUUCAUGGCCGGUCCUGGAAAUGCCAAGAAGGUUGUAGAGAAUGGGGCCCUAUUGUCAUGGAAGCUGGGCUGCGCCCUCGACCAGUCCAACAUUCCUAACAUCAACAGCGUCCAGUCACCUGCCAAGGACGGGUCCAUGUCAUCCAAGCUUGGCUACCCUGUGGUGGGCUGGCACAUUGUCAACAAGAAGCCCCAUGUGCUGAAACGGGUCAGGAGGCAGCUGGGAAACACCCCCACCCCUGUGCCCUCCCUACUCCCACCAACCACUUACCCAGAACCCCCUACUCGCAUUGUUCCAACCCCUACUUCGCCUUCCAUCUCCCAAGCCACUGACAGCUCUGCCCCCCCUGUCCGUGGCCCUUUGCCCACGCCGGUGAAACCUACUUUUCGGCUGAGAGACCAGAUAGCUCACACUCCUACAAUAGGAGUUCCUCAGCCCACUAGGUUCCUGGGCACUACCAGUACCAUUCCCAUUCAGCCUACAAUGACCCGACCUGCUAUUCCAGAGGCUACUGCCCUACCUACCCCACCAAGCACCACUAGAAGGCCGAAGACCCCCACCACAAAGAAAACAAAGAAGCCCAAAUCCUCAACUCCAGCACCCAGGGAACCUAAGACCACUACGGCAAAGCCCCCAAGACGCACCACUCCUCAGUCUGUUGUUCCUGAAUACAUCAACGAGAAACCCCAGCUACGCAACCCCAUUGAUGAGGUAAACGCCUGGGUCGGGACCUACUUUGAGGUAAAGAUUCCUCCUGAUACCUUCUUUGAUAAAGAGGACGGCACCACUGAUAAGUUGCGGCUGACUUUAAGGAAGAACCAUAAUGAGGUGGUCAACGAGACCUCUUGGAUCCAGUUCAACAGUACCAUUCAGCUCCUGUACGGUCUCCCAGAGAAAGGACACGUGGGCAAACAUGAGUACUUUAUGCUGGCCACUGACAAAGCAGGUAUGAGCACCAUAGAUGCCUUCGAGGUUCAUGUCAACCGUUGGUCUACCAGCGACAAACCCUCUGUGUUUUUUUCCGCUCGUUUCCACGGUGAACCCAAGACUCUCACCAACGACAUCAACAAGAAAAUCCUCCUUACCAAAAAGCUGGCUUAUGCACUCGGUGACCGGAACACCAGCACAGUGACCCUACGGAGCAUCACAAAGGGUUCCAUCGUGGUGGAGUGGACCAAUAACAGCCUCCAGCAAAGCCCCUGUCCCAAGGACCAGAUCACCGUCCUUAGCAGAAAGAUAUCAGACCCCCAAGGCAGGCCCACUUUGGCCUUCUCCAACGCCAUGGAGCCGGACUUUAAACCCAUCAACAUUUCUGUCCGCGGCGCCAACAAGUGCCACACUUACACAUUCGUGCCCCCAGGAGAGGUGAUCAUCCCUGUUCCCCCUGCAGCCACCCCUUCCCCUGGCACGGGUCGAAGCACCAGUGAUGAUGUCUACCUGCACACGGUCAUCCCGGCUGUGGUGGUAGCGGCUCUUCUACUGAUCGCCGGCGUCAUCGCCAUGGUUUGCUACCGUAAGAAGCGCAAAGGCAAGAUGACCAUUGAGGAGCAGGCCACCUUCAUCAAGAAAGGCGUGCCCAUCAUCUUUGCAGACGAGCUAGAUGACUCUAAGUCUCCCCCGUCCUCCAGUAUCCCGCUUAUCCUGCAGGAGGAGAAGCCGCCCUUGCCUCCACCGGAGUACCCCAACAUGGCUGGCCCUCAUAGCACCCUGCUUAACCAGGAUCUCCUCGAGGAGUAUUCCAUCUACCAUGACGAGGACCCCAAUGCACCUCCUUAUCAGCCCCCGCCCCCCUUCACAGUUCCCAUUGAGGGGAAAGGGUCCCGCCCCAAGAACAUGACGUCAUACAGGUCGCCACCUCCCUACGUGCCUCCUUAACGCUCACAGGAGCUUUAGCUUUGGGAGGGAGGAGGGCUGUUGUGACGGUUGUUUGUAUGAAAACAAUAUUACGGAGGGAUUUUUACACGCAUACUGUACAUAGAGACGGCUUUGCCAUGGACAAAGCAGGUGAACACCACGCCUGCAUAGGUGACCACUGCGGAUAAGUUACUGUAAAAGUCAACUACGGGCACAGGAAAACUGGACCGACAGUACGUAAAAUCCAGCGCUUGUUCUUUUGUUGUCCAUCAAAGUUCUGCUUUUGAAUCUUGUGUAAUAAUAUAUAUUUUUUUUAAAUCUGUUCUCUUGCCAAGAAGAAUAAUUUUUAUCUUCGAAGAUGUACUGUUUCUAUUGUAUAGAAAAUAAUGAAAAAGUGUGAGAGACUGCAGGCUGCAGAGGCCUUGGAGGAAAUGUCACCAUGACAACAGACUUGGGAGGCUCUUUAUACCAAUUACAGUAUAUCGCUUUUAUCUGUCUUUGGGCUAGAUCCACAAAGAUUUUGCACCUGUUAUUUUAAGAAGGGAUUCCAAGAUAAAAAGCCAAACUAAAGGCAUGAAUCCAUCGUUUAUUUACAACAAAUCCUACAUUUGUAUUAUUUGAAUCUCUGUUACCCUUUGUUACUUGUAGGGAUUUAAUACUUGUAAGGUUUACCCCCUCUUGAAAAUAACUGGUGUAAAAUUUGUGUGUGAUGUCUAGUAAAACUUGCCCAUUGUGUCUUGCAAAACUGACCAUUGUAACUGGUAGCCUAAAAUUGACCCUCUUUUUUUAUUUUUAUUUUCACAUCUUACUUAAAUAUGCUCUGCUAUACAGGUACUUUAUCAACAAGUAAUUACAGACUGGCGGUAAGUAAACACACUUGUUAUCUUAAUGUGAUGGGGAUUCCAAGACAAGAAUAAUAAUGACCUCCUAUUCAGUGUAUUUACAUGCCUCUGAUCUCACCCCUGAAAUAGAAAUCACUAUACUAUUCUGGGUUUGCCACGGUAUUGACAAAGCAAAAAAAUGACUGGUUUGCCUCUGUAAUGCUGACUCAAUAAGAUGCUAUGACAAAAGGGCAUAGAGAACUGACAGGAGUAAAGAAUUAGGCUACUGAAUUUAUUGACUGUUUGGUGGUGUUGUUCACAUGCGUUUUGGAGACCCCAAGGGGUGCACUUCAAAGCAAAAUCAAGGUGUUAGCAAGCUCACUUUGAUAAACAACCAAAAGUAGCUAUUGGUUGUUUAGUUUAAAAAAAGCUGAGCUUAGACCCAGUAGUUGUUUUUGGUUGUUUACCAGGUCCAUUUCAAGCUUGUUUAAGAAUGAUUCUUAAUAUUUCUUCAAGUUAGUUGGCUAGCUCGUUGACCCUGCGUUGUAGUGCACCCGGGAGUCUUUUGCUGAAGAGAUUUUCUCACAAGGUGUGACUGGCCUCAGUAAAUAAAGAUUUAACUGAAAUGUGAACACAGAAGUGGAACGUACAGUACUGUAAUAUCACUGCUCUUUGCCUCUAUGCUGCUGCACUGUAUUGUUAGUGUGCUACUUGCCUGCCUCUCCGUCAUUAUCAGUUGCGAUGAGGCAUGGGGAGAAGUGUAUGUACAUAAUGGUGUGCCUGUGAAAAUGAAGAUCUCCAAAACGUUAGUGUUUUAUCAGUAGUUAGUGGGGGAUGGCUGGGGUAGGGAAAUCCAUUUAUUUUUGAUUGUCUAGAUUUAUGAUCACGAUGUCAUCAAUUGAAACAACAACUUCAGUAGUUUGUGUGGGAAAGAGGGGUAAAAAUAACUGACUGACUUUCCCAUCACUGAAAAUAUUGCAUCCUGUAAAGAACAUGAUAGGGGAGGAGGAAGAAACACGUUUCAUAUCUGAUAUAACCAUAUAGAAAAAUGGUUGGAAAAAAAAUCUAAUGUUUUUACUGAAUUUUUGAUACAGUCUCAAAUUGUUUUAUGAAAAUAUAUUAAUAAAGAUGUACUACUAUU